AUGACGAGCUCGCUUAAAAGAAGACCCUCAAACGAAGCCAAUGAAGCGGAAGGGAAACGUUUCCAAGCUGGAAUAGACUCGAACCUCAGCCAAACCAAUACCAUUGCAGUUUUGGUGAGCUUAAUUCCAGGCAGGGAGGGCAAAUACACUAUCGAGGGAACGCCAGUCACGACUAUUGGACGAAGUAGAAAUUGCGACAUUGCACUUGCCGAACCCGAUAUUUCGACUUUGCACUGCGAACUUUGCGUUUUAACCGUCGAAUUGGAUGGUUCUAAAAGGCAAGUUGUCAACAUUGUAGACCGGAGUCGUAAUGGGACCUUUGUGAACGGCAAUAGGCUUGUCAAGAGAGAUUACAUCCUGCGAAAUGGUGAUAGAAUAGUGUUUGGCAGGAGCUGUUCGUUUUUGUUCAAGUACCUUAUUUCUAAGCAAGAAGAAGGAGAAGAAGAAGAUGGUUUUGAAGUCUCCUCAGUAGUCGCUUCGGAUGAGAGCAGUAAGAAAGAUUCGUUCAAGAGGCCCACCUUUAGUAGUCAAGAUGUCGUAAGAAGGCCUGCAUCGAUCAGAAAGCCAACCUUUUUUGCCAGAUUUGUGCUGGGAAAGGAGCUAGGUACCGGCCACUAUGCUAUUGUUAAAGAAGCAACUGACAAAGACAGCGGUGACAUAGUCGCAGUUAAAAUUUUCCAUCCACAGCAGAACGACGACCAAAAAAAGACGAAACAGUUUAGAGAAGAGACCAAGAUUUUAAUGAGCAUACAACACCGAAAUAUUGUCAAACUGAUUGACAGAUUCGUGGAACCUGUGAGUAAAUCUCAAAUACAGACGUAUUUGGUUCUAGAAAAGGUGAACGAUGGCGAGCUAUUUGACAGAAUUGUAAGGAAAACAAAACUGGGGCAGGAAGAAACUAAUGCCAUAUUCAGACAAAUUCUUCACGGACUGAGAUAUCUGCAUACUAAAAACAUUAUUCAUCGAGAUAUCAAGCCCGAAAAUAUACUUUUAAGCAUCAAAAGGCGCAAGUUCCCUGAAGAAGAGCAAAGGGGACCUUGGGACAAGGAUGAAAUCGACAUAAAAAUUAAGAUCGCAGACUUUGGAUUAGCGAAAUUCAUCGGCGAGAUGCAGUUUACAAAUACGCUAUGUGGUACUCCCUCGUACGUUGCCCCGGAAGUCCUUAAAAAGACCGGUUACACUUCAAAGGUCGACUUAUGGAGUGCUGGUGUUCUGUUAUAUGUGUGUUUGUGUGGAUUCCCACCUUUUAGUGAACAAUUGAGUCCUCCUUCAAUGAAGGAGCAGAUCCUUCAGGGCAAAUUAGCAUUCUACUCUCCAUAUUGGGACAAAAUAGACGACUCAUGCCUGCAUCUGAUAUCAAACUUAUUGGUCGUGAAUCCUGCCUUCCGUUAUGACGUACAAAAAACCAUUGAUCAUCCUUGGUUCUCAAAUGCCCUUUCUGAGAGAGAAUCAUCGGCACCUCUACAGCGGCAGGCCGUUGCCUUUGACAAAGUCCCCAAAACGUACUCAGAAUUGUCGAAUUUGCAGUCGUGA